CAUACCAGGUGGUGGCGGUGUUGCAGCUAAAAAAAAAAACACCAACACAACAACAACAAGAAAGAAAACGUCAUCCGUUCAACGUGGCGCGGGAAACCCGGGAAAAGAUGGAGGUGGAUGCCCGCAUAGAAGAAGUGGAGGAGGAGACGGACAGUCUCCCUCCGUCCGCUUUAAAACUAUACGAGGCACAGUUCUUCGGCUUCACCUCGCAGACUUGUAUGUUGCGGGUCUACAGCGCCUUCCAGGACUGCCUGUACGAUAUUUUACCCGUCGUGGAGAAGGUGUGCGUGAGGCAGCUGAGCAAAGGAGAGUCGGACGGGGCUGAGGAGCUCCUCCGGUCCCGAGCUAGAGAGUGCAGCCGAAAGCUGCAGCAGUUCCUGGAAGACCGGUUCAAGCAGCUCUCGGAGCGGAUGGAAGCGCUGCUGGUCCACCGCUGCUUCUCCAUCCCGCCAAACGUCCUGCUGCCCGAGGACGAGUCACACAGCAGAUACCCCCAAGACCGACAGGAGGUGCUGAGGCUGGAGUCAUCCAUUGCUGACCUCCAGAGAGCCUACGAAGCAGAAGUCUGUGCCAGACAGGCCCUGUUAGCUGAGCUGGAGGAGCAGAAGGAGGUGCAGAAGCAGCUGGAUGGGAUCCUGACCUGGGUUAGCGAGCUCCAGGCAGCCUGGGUGAAGGAAGGUAACGGCAGCUUCCAUGAAAGUUUCCGGUUGGUGAUGGAGUCCGUGAAGAAACUGCAGGAGGCUGUCAGGGGGGUCUGCAUCAAGGCGCCUCGAUGAACUGAACUCUCAUUUGUAUUAUACAGGACAAAGUUUUAUGGUCUCUACGUAUGGUCUCUGUUUUUACUAUAUCUUAUAAAGAUCAUUUAGGAGACAUCAUACACAGCAAGGUGGACAUGAAGCAGUCUCAUCCAACAAAUAUUCAGCAGUUUGUCAGUGCACUAUUAUAUGUAAAUAUUUUAAAACGGCAUACAUUACUGCUUCCCGAACGCAGGGCUUCUGUUGAAACAUUUAGCCAUGAUAAAAGUUUUUCUUCUUUUUUGACUAGCUGAGCUUUGAUGACGUCAUGAACAGCUAUCAUAAGUUAACCCAACCAAGCUUAGAUUAAAGCUUUGUUGGUUAUUUUUUUUUAAAAACAUCUCACAUUAGCUAAGCUUACUUUUCUACAUUGUAAUGUAAAUAAUAAUAAAGCACACCAAUGUA